UAAAAAAUCUCAUUUCGUUUAUGACGUAAUAAAGUCACCCUAUAACUUCGAACAAUUUAAAUCCCGCCAUGGCCAGUUCACAAUUAACACAUUUAUUCGAUCAUUUCAUGUUAUGACAGUUCAAAACUCGAAAGAUUAUUCAAAAUAAAUAAAAGUACAACUACUUUUCGUUUUCACUCCACAAAACGAUUGUGCACGAAUGUAAAAGUAAUGUUUUAUUUAAGUUAAAAUUGUAUUAUAAUGCGUCGAAGUUUGGCUCCAAGUCAAACACCCCAAAGAAUUAACUCCCCCCAAUCCAAAUUCAUAACUCCAUUUCAAAAUAAACGCAAAAGAACUUGUAAAAAUACAGAAAAUAUAAAUAUAAACCCUCCUCCACUGUCGCAGCAAAUACCACAAUCGCAAUAUGAGGAGGCAAUUUCUAAAAUUCUAUCGAGGCCAUUCAAAGUUCCCAUUGCCGAUUAUGUGCCAGAUUACAACAGCAAUCGAUGUUUGGGCAUACGGAGGACAACGGUGCGCAAAGCACUACACGAUCCAUUUGCCUGUAAUGCUCUGGUAUUGUAUGAGCCACCACAGUACACAGAACACGAGAGAUUGACAAUGGAGAGCAGUAAGAUUCUCGUGCACAUUGUGGUGGAUCCGCUGCUGAGUAAUAUUUUGCGUCCCCAUCAGCGUGAAGGUGUCAAGUUCAUGUACGAUUGCGUGGUGGGGAACAAGGGCGAGUUCAAUGGGUGCAUUAUGGCCGAUGAGAUGGGAUUGGGAAAAACCCUGCAAUGUGUUACUCUAGUAUGGACACUUCUUCGACAAAGCCCCGAAUGUCGUCCCACCAUCUCCAAGGCAGUCAUCGUCUCGCCCAGUUCGUUGGUCAAGAAUUGGGAGAAGGAGUUCAACAAAUGGUUACAUGGUCGUCUGCAUUGUCUGGCCAUUGAUAGUGGCUCCAAGGAGGAAACCACCAAAAACCUCGAGCAAUACAUAACCAACACAAAUCAACGUUGUGGAACUCCCGUCCUGCUGAUCAGCUACGAGACCUUCCGUCUCUAUUCACAGAUCCUCAAUCGUAAUGAGGUGGGAAUUGUCAUUUGUGAUGAAGGUCAUCGCUUAAAGAACAGCGAAAAUCAAACCUACCAAGCUCUGAUGGGUUUGAAGACAAAACGGCGGGUCCUUCUCUCCGGAACGCCCAUCCAAAACGAUCUCACUGAAUAUUUUAGUUUGAUCAAUUUCGUUAAUCCCAAUAUGCUUGGUUCAGCGGCUGAUUUCAAGAGAGUCUACGAGAAUCCCAUUCUGCGGGGGCAGAAUUCAGAUUCAUCUGAUGCCGAGAGAGAAAAGGCUCUCACAAAGACUCAAGAACUAAUUGGAAUUGUCAACCAAUGCAUCAUACGCAGGACAAACCAGAUUCUCACAAAAUAUCUGCCAGUUAAGUUUGAAAUGGUCAUCUGUUCCAAAUUGACACAAAUUCAGAUGCAAUUGUAUAUGAAUUUCUUGAAAUCCGAUAAGAUUCGCAGGAGUUUAGCAGGAAACUCUGAUGAAAAAGAAGGUGGUACAUUGUCAGCUUUGGCAGAUAUAACAACUUUGAAAAAGCUCUGCAAUCAUCCAGAUUUGAUAUAUGAGAAACUCAUUGCAAGAGAGAAUGGUUUUGAGAACUCGCAGAAUGUUUUGCCAAGUAAUUAUAAUCCAAAAGAAAUAAAUCCCGAGUUAAGUGGAAAGUUUAUGCUAUUGGAUUUUAUGUUAGCAUCAAUAAAAGCCAACACAGAUGAUAAAGUUGUGCUUAUAUCGAACUACACACAAACGCUGGAUUUAUUUGAACGUCUUUCUAGGAAAAGAAAAUAUACUUAUGUUCGUCUUGAUGGUACGAUGACAAUUAAAAAGCGUUCAAAAGUUGUUGAUCUUUUUAAUGAUCCAACUUCUGAUUGUUUUUUGUUUAUGCUGAGUUCAAAAGCUGGCGGUUGUGGCUUGAAUUUAAUUGGAGCCAAUCGAUUGUUUAUGUUCGAUCCAGAUUGGAAUCCAGCAAAUGAUGAACAAGCAAUGGCUAGAGUUUGGCGUGAUGGACAAAAGAAACCAUGUUUUAUUUAUCGACUAGUUGCUUCUGGGUCAAUUGAAGAGAAAAUCCUUCAAAGACAAACUCAUAAAAAAUCCCUUUCUAGUACUAUCAUUGAUAAUAACGAGAGUUCAGAAAAACACUUCUCACGGGAUGAUUUAAAAGAUCUGUUUAGGUUUGAAAAUACAACUCUAUCCGAUACUCAUGAUAAGUUUAAAUGUAAACGUUGCAUCAAUAAUAUUCAAAUAAAACCUCCCGCAGAAGACACCGAUUGCACAUCUCAUUUAUCACAAUGGUAUCAUUGUUCGAAUAAUAAAGGACUUCCAGAUAGUAUAUUGGCCCAGGCAUGGUCAACAAGCAAAUGUGUAUCAUUUGUAUUUCAUCAUAGAUCUCAAGGAGAAGCUAAACCUCAAAUUGUUGAGAAUGAUGAUGAAAAUGAAGAAGAGAAGAAGACUCGAAAAACGAAGAGAAAAGAUUCAAAUGACGAAGAUUACUCAAAAUCAGAUGAUGAUAAAGAUAGUGAUUAUGAAUGUUAA